AAUUUUUUCAUGUAAUAAAAAUUUCUAUUCUAUAACCCAUUAGUAGAGGAGUAAAACAGCACUGCCUGAUGGACUCAGAGCAAUAGGCUCUUUAGUCAUCUCAGCAAUAAAUCUACUGGCUAAACUUUUUUUAUUGCUCUGUGUGUUUAUCAUUAUUCAUUCUAGGUUGAAACUUCGGGCAUUGUAAUUUCUAGCACACUCCACGUAUGACUUAUUCAAGAUGUGAGCUGGUCGUCUUGCAGAACGGAUUAUUUGACGCUGCCAUUCCGGAUAAUGUUGUUUUAGUGUGUGAGCCUUCGCACUUUUUUGGCGAUCUUAUCAAAGUAGGUCAUCUCCGGUUUGGCUGUCCCUGAUGUCUUAAAAAAAGUAUGACGAGGCAAAAUAGUCCGAUAGAAAAAAAUGUUCAUACCGGAUUUACCAAUUAUUUGAUCGAAUUGCCUUCGACGUUUUUCGUAUCUUGCUGUGCAUGCGUGUCUACGUCUGCAAUGAUGGAGUGUAAUGUCUCUGCAGAAACGUAAUCAGCACUCGUUUCGUCCGAAACGGAUCUGGUUUACAUGCGAUUCGCAUUGUCGAUUUUCGGUAUUGAGAAUGGGAUUUGGAAAAUAAUAGAAUACAUAUACAUAAAAUUAUGGCAAAGGAUGCCAAGGCUGCAGCUGUUUGGCGUCGGCCUCAACAGGUGGCGCAACCGGCUCCAAACAAGUCAAAGUCAACAGUUGAACACAUGAUAGGAAUCAGUUGAUUACCAAGCCUCAUCUCGAUUACACACGCUCAACCCGGUUUCUUAAUUUCAUAUUUUUUCCCCUUCGAACCUUUCCGAGGUCCCACUCGCCAUCCACAACACGACUCCUCGUCAGCGGAAUUUGUGUCUUAAGCGUGAUUGCUCGUAGUCCACCGUCAUUUAGCAAUCUCGACCGAAGAUGACCGAAGAAGAGAUGUCCAAAUGCGUCGAGCGGAUCUGCACCGAGGUCGGAGCGGGUGCCAAAAUCAUGGAAGAAUUCCACAAUUUGUACAGAGACAGACUGACCAAGGACGGACGAGGAGAAAUUAAAGAAGAAACAGUUAAGACUCUUGAGGAAUGGGUCAGUGAUCUUACCGAACAGAAUCAGUUUCUGUUAAAAGCAGUUGAAGAACUGGAAAAGGAGGCACUGGGUAGGGUGAACCUGCUGGACAGCCUUGCACAAUCCCAAAAGGCAGAGGAUCAGGACACAAGUUAUUUCAGUGAAAGUAUAAAACAUUUAGAACAAAAAUUAACAAUGGCCCAGAAAGGUCUAUGUGCCAAAGAGACAGAAACCAAGUACCUCAAAAUGAAGAUUUGCGAUUUAGAAAAGCAACUAUGUAACAAGCUGGAGAGUAAUAAUACCAUAGAAGACCUUCUAUGCACUAAAAAAGGCUUGGAAAGCAAACUGGACUUCAUUGAAACUGAACUUACAAACACAAAACUGCAAGUAGAAGAAUUAAGUAACCUUCUCAUAGAAAAAGAUAUUGAGCUCAGAGAAUGUCAAGAAUCAGAAAAUUCAGAAUUGUGCAAAUUAAAGGCUCAAUGCGAACAAAUGAAAACAUGCCUAGAGGAAUCUGAAUUACAGAAGAGAGCAUUAAAAGAAAUAAAUGAAGAAAGAGAGGUAUAUUCAAAAAUGGCGCAAAAGUUAAAACAGUUUGAGUUCUUUAGAGAGAAAUUGCAAAAACUGCAUGCCGAGUUGGAUGAGGCACUUAAAAAGAAUAUAAAGGAUGAAAAAGAUUUAGAAUAUUAUAAGAAAUGCACUCGGAACAAGAAUCAUGAGGGAUGUUUGGAAUGUAAAGAAAGAGGAAAUAGCAACAUCGCACUGGAAGAGCUUAAGAAAAAAAUUGAGGACGAUAAAGACCUUCAACUUGCUCUUACGGCGGAAGUGGCGGAGAAGCACGACAUCAUAGUCAAGCUCAAAGACCAAGUGAAAGAACUCGAGGAACAGUUGAGGCAGUCGGACAUGCAAACCCAUUAUAAAGAUGACAUCAUACAACAACUAAGAAAAGAAGUCAAGCUAGGCAGGGCAAAGGAGUCACUUGCCGAAAUGCUAGGCCUUAAGGAGGGCCCAAGGGCACAAAUGAAAGCUCGGAUUGACCAUUUACAUGCUGAACUGGAGGAAAGGAAUUCUGAGAUACUGAGGCUGGAGACACGUCUUGACCGUAGCAGCCUAGCUGCCCUUGAAUCAAGGCUCCGUAUCCAGACUGAGGAGCUUUUCAGCAGAAAUCAAAAAAUUUUAGAAAUGUGUGACAAAUUAGAUUACAUAAGGCGUUAUCUGGAUAAACUCCGCUCUGAUGAGCCUCUAAGUGUAAAGUGCGGACUUGAAGCUUUGCUUUUAGAGCUGACUGAAGAUGUAGAAUGGAAUCGUGAGACGCGCCGACAUGCUUCUUUAUCGCUUGACAAGGAUCCAAGUGAUUCCAUAAUAAUUAUUAAUCACCGAAGCCACUCUCUCCCCGAUACGUCCCUCCAGAAACAAAUGUGUAAUUUGUUGAGUACUUCAGAUGCAGAAGUGUUUCGAAAGCAAACAAUCCAAAAAAGUACCUACUCUCUGACGGAUAACUGCCAUGUUAACAUAGUGAACUGUCUCGAAGAGUUCAGCAAGUUUUUCAAUGAGAAGAAUGAUCAAAUCCUGCAAGCAUGGAGCUCACUCAGAGAUGAUAAUUGGAAACCUUACUCAACUUGUGAACUGGAAUCUGUGAGAAAAUCAAUCGAAGGUGAAAAAGAAAUGCUGAUAAGCGCCUCAACCAGUAUGAAAGCAAUAAUAGAAAACAUAAUUACACCUAAGGAGAUAUUAAGCCUCGAGUGUCACGAAGAAGACCAACACACAUGCAGUGGGGUUUCAGAAAUUAAAGAAGACCACAGCAUGCCAAAAUUACCAAAAAUACACUUGGAAAAGAUUGGAAUAAUUCAAAAUAAUAUAAAUCAGGCAAUAGUGGAAAAAGAAAGUGUCCUUCAAAAAUUAAACAGCAUCAAGAUGUUCCAGGAAAGCUGUUACCAGCAACUUGAAGCAAAGUUAAGCCAAAUGGAUAUGAACUUAAAAGAACACGGGAACAUUGUGAAAGAUGUUAAAAGUGAACUCCAAAUUCUACUCGAUACGGCAAAGGAUCAGGAUCUCAGAAUUACAAGUAAUGAAAGCGUUAAUUUCCUAAAACUUAUUGAGUCAGCAAAUAUAUUUUCAGCACUUGAAAAUCAGGAAGAUGCAAUUUUGAUAGAAACUGAAGUCGAGUCUAAUUCAUUGGACGAAUGUCUCGCAAAGCCACACCAACAUAUCCAUACAAUAGCGUACAAACUGCAAAAAGAGGUCAAGUCGUGCGUGCUGGACUUACGCCGACGUGAAAAGGCUUUAAGCGACAUUGUCAAUGAGGGUACUCGACUGCACAAAGCUAUGAGUUCACUCCAGAAUGAAUUGACAACACUUGAACCUGUUGUAAUGAAUAGUAGAAAAAUUUGUAAAAUGGCCAGUUUGCAAAAAUCUAUUUCAAUGAUGGCUGAUGACAUCCACAAUAUGCUCAUGACCGCAAAGAAUUAUAACUCUGAAAGGGAGCUGGCUGAGGCAAAACACUUAAUUUCUGAAAAGAAAAUCGAAGACUUACAGUCCAAGUUAAAAUCCACGAUUGAUAAUUUCAUUCUUUCAGUUGAGUCGUCGAGAGAUGGGGACAAUCAGCAGUUGAUGAAGUGGAAAGAAGAUGUCCAAAAAUACAGGCUCAAGCUUGAAGAAUUACUUAAACAGGAGAAGGAAAUGAAAACAAAUAGCAUGAAAGAACAGCUUGUCAAAGAACAACGCAUAUAUUUCUUGGAGCAAGAAUUAAGCAACUCUUUACACACUUAUGCUGAAUUUCAAGCAGAAAAAUUAAAUGAAUUGCAAUGCAAAAUGGAUGAAAUUGAAGAGUUGAAGACAAAUUUGAAAAUUUCAGAAACAUCGAUUGAAGAGUUGAAUGAACAAUUGAAAUGCAUGAAAGAAAAAGAAAAAGAAAAUACAAGACUGUCUAUUCUCAUUAAAGGAAUGGGAGACUGUAAAAAUGAAGCAGAGAGUUUACAACAGCAACUCAAAAUAUCUACUGAACAUCUGGAAGUGCUUAAAUUCGAGAAUGCAUCUUUGGUGCGGAUUAAUCAAGAAAUUAUCCAAGAGAACAAGAAAUCUCUGAAGGAAAAGGAUAAUAUGAUAACUGAUUUAAAAAAUAAAAUCAUGUCAGAGGCACAGCGUGUUGUUGAAAUUUCAACAUUAUUUGAAAGUACCAAGUUUGAAAAAGACAAAGCUAUAGAAAACCUAAAUACGAAGAUGCAUAAUUUUUGUAUGAUAUUGAAAAGCAGUUCGUGUCUGGUUAAAGGCCUCCAAGAAAACUUUAGAAAAAUAAAGCAAGCAAACGCUCAAGAAAUCAACUGCCUAAACCAAAAUUUCAAUACACUGAAACAACUCUUUACAAAAAUUCAAGAACAGGUUUAUGUAUUGCACAAGAAAGAAGACCAAUUAGUUAACUUAGGAGAAGAAUACAAAAAGUUGAAAGAGGAGCGAACACAACUGAUUGAAGAGCUCGAACUUCUUAAACAGAAAGUCGAUGAUAUUCAAACAAAAUUUAAUAGUUGUUCAAUAGAAUUGAAAGAAAAAGAUAAAGAAAUAGAAAUGUUAAAGCAUAAACAAAAUAAUGCUGAAGAAGAAUUAAAAAAUACUGAACAACGACUUAAGCAACUUGUAAUGUCUAAAGAAGAAGAAAUCUACCUCCAGAAAACUGUAUUGGAUGAAUUGAAUGAUAGACUGGAGGAACAUGAAGAUGAAGUUAAGCACCUUAAAGCUUCACUUGAAAAGGCAAAUUUCUUAAAACAUGAACUUGACCAACAAAGGGAAAGAGAAAGAAUUAAGAAUAAAACACUUGAAACAAAAUGCAAUGAACUUGAAAAGAUUAGUGAUGAACUGAAAGCACAACUAGAAAAAUUGAAUGAAGAAAAAGAAAAUAUGAUUGAAGAGCGAAAUCUAACUUUGGGUGAGCUUCAAUCUAAGAUAACGAACCUUGAAUUUGAAAAUGGAAGGCUUGAAGAGAAGUUAAUAAAACAAGACAAUUGGGAUCAAAUUGAAGAAUACAAAAUGAAACUAAUGGAUGCUAAAAAGGAGAUUGACAAAUUUCACAAAAUCUGCCUGGAACAUGAGAACCUGCAAGAAAACCUCAUGAAUAAAGCAGUCGUUCUCAGAAGGAAAGAAAAAGAGUUAUUUGGUCUGAAGAGAACUGCAGUCAAAUCUGAAAUGACCAUAAAAGCGCUGAGGGCAAGACUGAAGGCAUUCGCGGAUCUCUGCAAGACAUUGAAAACAGAACGGGUAACGAUACUUGAGAUGAAUAAACAACUGACUUGGACUAAAGAAAAAAUAUGUGAACAGUUGAAAGAGCACAAGCACUGUGUUGAAGAGAAGGAACUGUUAACAAAAGAAAACCAAAAUCUUCUUCAAACAAUUGAUACAAAGGAAGAUAUGUUAAAAAGAAUGACCGGUGUUAUAAACAUGCUUAGCGAACACUCAUGUAAAAUUGACACAGACGCAAGUGCAACUUUUGAUGAGCAGUCAAGAAAGUUAGAAAAUAUUGUUGAACGUUUACAAGUAGCCAACACAAAUCUUUCAGAUGAGAACAAUGCUUUAAAAAGGGAAAUCCAGUCGCUGUGCAGUGCCAAAUAUGACUCAUCACAAGCCAUAGAGGUGAAGGGAGAACAAUCAAAAGAGAAGUUGGUCCUGAUUAACAAACUAACAACGUACAGUUCUAAGUUCAAACAAUGCCUCGAAAAUUAUAGAAAGCUAUUGAAUUUAUUUGAUAAACUACAAGGCUGUUAUGAGAACUGCAAUUGUCAGUGCAAGGAAGAUAGCACCUUCCUUAGCAGUGAAUGCAGUGUGCUGCAAACCUCUAACACUUCAAUCAGUGAAGGCAAUUGUGAAAGCUGUUAUGUGACUGAAGCGUCAGAACAGUUUUUAUCAGAGGAUGAGAGUUACCAUCGACUAUAAUUGUCAAACUACAGCUCUCUGCUGUAGAGAAAGUGGUUAUGUGCACGAGAUUAAAACCCAUAUAUAAGCAUUUAUGGCUGUCACGUCCAAAAUAAAAUCUCAAAUCUG